AUGAAACGCUCAAACGAUGCUCAACAACAGGAUGACAACAAGAAGCCUCGCUACUCCAAUCACAGUGAUCUGUAUGCUCAGUAUGGUAUGAUGCCUCAGUAUGGUCAAGGAAAUCCAUUUGCACAAGGUGCUGCUGCAACUACUGGCUACGGUAGUUUUGUUCAACCUAAUACUGCUGCUGCCAUGUACGCUAUGGGCUAUGGCAAUCCUCAUGCAAUGAUGGCUGGUCAAUACGGUGGUGCUUAUCCUCAGGCUUUCAAUGCAGGCGCUGUUGGUGGCAGUGCAAUGCAAACAGAGCCUUUGCGUUCGAUUUAUUUAGGCAACUUUUCCAAAGAUAUGGACCCUCAUGAUGUGCUCAAGUGUGUUCAUACGGGCCUCGUUGAUUCCUUCCGUGCCAUGCCUGAAAAGAGCUGUGCUUUCUUGACAUUUGUUGAACCAGCUGCUGCCCAGAUGUUCUAUCAAGAGUUCCUUACCAAGAAGCUGAUUGUGGGCGAUACAGAGAUCAAAAUUGGAUGGGGUAAACCUACAAAGAUGCCUCCUCUUAGAAAACAACAAAUCCAAAACGGUGCUACUCGUAAUGUCUACUUGGGUCGUUUGACUGAAGCCGAUACAGAAGAGACGAUUCAAGCCGCAGUAUCUGAAUUCGGACCCAUUGAGCAAAUCAAGCUGCUCCGUGAAAAGAACAUUGCUUUUGUUCAUUUUCUCAAUAUUGCUGCUGCAACCAAUUGUGUGGCCGCUUUGACUAUUGACGAGGUGUGGAAGAACAAGAGAGUCAACUAUGGGAAAGACCAUUGCGCUGAUUUGACUGAGCAAUUCAAUCCUGCUGCUGCAUACAACCAUCCUUACGCUAACAUUGCUGCCAAUUACGCUGCCCAUAUUGGGCUUGAACCCUACACUAUGAAUGUCAACUAUACUCCCUUUCAAGCCAACGACAACGCAGCUCAACGCACCCUUUACUUUGGUAACAUUCAUCCUGAAGCCACCUGCGAAGAUCUCUGCAACAUCAUUCGUGGUGGCACCUUAUUCCAAAUUCGCUAUUUUCCCGAGAAGCAUAUUGCUUUCGUCACAUUCAUGGAUGCUGAAACCGCAUUGACAGUUCACAAUCAUGCAAGUACUACUGGAUUCAUCAUCAAGGGAAGAAAGGCUCGUGUUGGUUGGGGUAAGCCAAGUAAGAUUCCUCUUGCAAUGUUAUUGGCUUAUCAGAAUGGAGCAACUCGUAACAUUUACCUGGGUGGUAUCGAUGACAAGUUUUCCGCCGAAAAACUGCGUACAGAUUGUGCUCGCUAUGGUGAAAUUGAAUUGGUCAACUUAUGCCAGGAGAAGAAUUGCGCAUUUGUCAACUUUACAUCUAUGAGUAGUGCGGUUGCCGCAAUCCAGGGCUUGAAGAAGUUCAAUGCUGAAUAUGCUGAUCUCAAGAUUAACUAUGGCAAGGAUCGAUGUAGCAACCCUUGGAAGGUAAUGAAGAAGGGAAAGCCAGCAGGCAAUACUACUACCAAUAUCAAGAGGGAGGAUAACGAAACCCCUAAUGAUGCGGCUGCUGCCGAUAGUUCAAAGCAAGGCGAACAAGUUAAUACUUUUAAUAAGCCCAAUAAAAUUGAAAAUUAA